UCCAAUAGUGUAUAAUAUUUACAAUUUGUUUGGAUAGACUCCCUUUGAUGACCACUUCAGUAUUUAUUUCAGUUUAAGUUAACCGAGAAAAAGUGUAAAAUUAAACAAACUAAGAGAUUAACAGGAAACUACAUGGAUAGACAAACGUCAGGACAAACGUCGAGCUCGCAGACGGAGACUGUUGUCGACGGGGCGACACAGGAUGUUCCAACAGUUAGAUUGCGUCUUAGGAAACCAAGAUCAGACAAGAAAGUACAAUGGACACAAGGAACAGUUGAUAACGAAAAUAUGAACAAAAAAAAGUCAAAAUGCUGUUGCAUUUAUGAAAAGCCGAAAAAAUUUGGCGAAAGCAGCUCAGAAGAAAGCGACGACGAAUGUGAACAUUGUCAUGGACGUAAAGACACUCACAAAAACCCGCAACCCACUAACAAGGAUGAACCACCUGGAGAAACAAUUCCAUCACAUCCAGAACCGAUUGCCACAGGUGGUUCAGCUUAAAUUUUUCAUGUGUAAACCGUUGAAAUAAUUUGUCUCAUUAAUCGACAGAUAAUGGCAGAGCGUAAAUCAUGUGGGGUAUCAUGUCAAAAUGAAGACAUGUACACUCUAGGCACUUUAUAUUUGUCGGAACGACGAAAAAUUACCUGUUAAGUGACAGUACGUCUUUGUUAUAUUAUACGUUACAGGAUAUCAUUGACUGUAUGUAGACCAAUCGUUCCGACAGAUAUAAAGUGCCUCGAGUGUACAUUGGACUGUGAUUUUAAUUUUUCAAACAUUUACAUUUUUUAAUAGAUUAAUUAAUUCUAUAUGUAAUAGAAAAAUUGGUCUUGCUUUUAAAUGUUAGUGCAGGUGACUGUUUCAUCAAUGAAAACUGUUCCACUAAGUAAUUAACCCUGAAAAAAUAUCUAAUUUAUUGUUCAUUGUAUAGAUGCUUAAAUAUUUGUCUUGACACUUCAAAUUAUAAACCAAUCAAAGUUAAGAAAUUUUAUUAAGUGUAAAAUAAAAAGAAUUUUUUUAAUUAAUUUUCAGAAAUACUGCAUAAUUUUAGAAUUGUUAUAGGUUUGUAUGGUUUUAAAUAUACAAACAAAUUGUUCCUUUAUUUUAAAAAUAUCUUACAGGUAAGACAUUUUUCAACCAGAGGA